AUGGCUACAACGCGGAGGAUUCAACUAACUACUCUGGCAAACGAAGAUGUAGUUCCUCCUGCCUCGGAGAGCCAUGCGGUACAACAUCUGCCCAACAGCUCGGUGUUAAUCACACCAUCGGAAUCAACCAAACCAGACAAUGUCUCCUCGAUUAGAUUGGAUCUGGUUCUGUUCGAGUCUGAUGAUCUGCACUGUCCUGAGUUUUACUAUUCUGAGCUCAUCUUCAAGAAAAUGAAAGACAACCUGAACACGGUUUGCAUCAGUCAGGACAAAGAGAAAGAUGAGCUGUUGGUGCUGGCAAAAAAGUUUGAAGAAAAAUAUGGUGGUGAUCCUAACCAGCGGAAAGACAGACUGCAAGAUUUGGUGGACAUAGGCUUUGGAUAUGAUGAAUCAGACUCCUUUAUCGACAACUCCGAGGCUUAUGACGAGCUGGUUCCUGCCUGUCUUACAACCAAACUUGGAGGAUUUUACAUCAACUUUGGGACUCUUCAGUUCCGACAAGCUUUGGAUGAAGAUCAAGAAAACGAGACUGAUGACUUUGAGGAAACUAUCAAACCAAAGAAACGAAAACUCAAAGACGGAGUGGAGGCGAAGAUGAACAAGAAGAAGAAAAGGAGAGAAGAGAAGCAGAAUGAGAAAGAGAAUGUGAAGAACAGUGUACUGACUGGUAAGCAACCAGCUGAGAAGAAAAAGAAAAAGGCCAACAAGGAGUUGAGCAUUGAUGGCAUGCUGAAAAAAUUCCACAAGGAGAAGAUACAGCAGCUUGAGAUGUUUAACCUGAGAGGAAAGGAGGCACCUGAAAUAGCCAGCUGUGGACCGGCCAACCAGGUCAAGGUUGCAGAAGAGUCUGUUCCAGCCGAUCCACUCCUGACACUUAUUAGUUCAGCCAGUGCAGGUGACCUUCUCCAAGCAGCGAAUACUGUAGAUCAGGAUUUCGACCUGGACGGGCUGCUGAGUGAUGAUCACAACAAUGGUCAUCCUGUCAUGGAAAAGAACCAAGAAGCUUCAGUUGUAUGCCAGCCUGUAAAGUCUUCAUGCUCACUUCUUGAUGGCUUACCUUCAACGCUGGAGCUAUCCAUCCAAGAACUUGCUCAGGGACUUAAAGAAACUGAAGAAGGGAACAAAAUGGAGAUCUUUGCUCCAGAAAUAAACCAUGUUUUGCUAAAUAUGUCGUUUAAGUCCAAGGAGCUGUCCGAUGAGGUGCGUUCCAGAACCUUCUCGUACCUGGCCUCACAGCUUUCCUGCAAGAAAGCUACUCUGGUUAAGAGGGCGAAGAAACUACAGCUUCUUCAGCUAGAUGAUCAGUUAAGAGAUCUGCUUCAGAAACUGAAGGAUCUGGUUACCAGUGCCAUGCCUGAGCAGAUUGACCAUUUCAACAACAGUUGCCAGGCGUUCUCUAAAGCCAGGGCCGCACGGCUAGAGGCUGAGAGAGAACAAAAACCCAUUGAUGGAUCUGAUGAAGAAGAGGAAGAUAAAGGUGGGAAACGUGUGUUUGGACCUCGCAAGAGAUUUAGAUGGACUGCAGAGAUCAGGGAGUUGUUGUCCGAGGCGGUGAAGUUGAAGAUGAGCAGCUAUGAGCUCGAAGCUCCUUGUAGCCAGACACUGGAGGAUCACCUCAAGUCUUUUCUGGAGGCUGAUGUGAAAACACUCUGGCCUAAAGGAUGGAUGCAGUCCAGGAUCCUGCUGAUUGAAAGUCGUAAAGUACAUUGCCACAUCACGGGUGUAAUGGCACGGAAGAAAUCGAUGACUGUUCCUAAAGCUAAAAAGGCCCAAGAAACCAACAUGAAGGUUCAGUCAGUCCGAACAAUCAAGGAACCACCAGGAGGCAGUUCACUACCCGAGCUUCUGCAGGAGGAUGGCGAGGUGGAGGAAUCCACUUCUGUAGAGACGAUCUCUUCUGAAGCAAAUUCAGUGGUCAACACAGGUACUUCACUGCCCGAGGUGCCUGUGGCUUCAACUACUAGGCAUUCGCUGGCUGGUGGCAAACAUGAAAAGCUGGUACUCAGUGUUUCACCUGCUAAAGGAGAAUGUGCAACAGGGCCAGGCAUGGCAGCCAUGGAAGCUUCUUGUGGAGAUCCGGACCUCCCGACUCCAUCACUUUCACUGCAAGCCUCCUCAUUUUAUUCGAAUGUACCACAGACCCGGGUUUCGGUCAGCUCCACACCUCUGCAUGCUUUACCUUUCCCUGGAGAAGUUUAUACCGGCGACCCUUCUGAACAAACACAGACCUGCAAAAACUCAGUACUUACCAGCGAAGCACCUGGAGUUUUACUGUGUGGUUUUACACAGGAUGAAGGUGAAGUCCAUGCAGAACUGCAUUAAAGGCUCGACUUCAGGAAGCGUUU